CACGGCUCCCGAAACCAGCAAUGACGACGCCGAAGAACAAAAUCAAGGCCCAACCCAAAACCCGCCGCCUAAUAAUACUAAUCAGACAUCCAACCCCCCCCCCCCCCCCUCAUCAAACAAUUUUCCUCCACCGCCUCGCCAGCAGCCAACCACAACCAGAGAUUUAACUUUUCUGAUUGACCAUGUAAUUCCGGGCUAUAAUGGCAAUCCUCAUUAUAUCAUUUUGUCGGCUCCGUUAGUGGUGGAAGGUUUCGAUAUUAGUUUUCUUACUAUUCAGUCCAAUGACCCACUUCUGCAAGGAGGUAAUCAGGUAAUUAUUCGGGAUGUCGAAUUAGGUUCAGGCCGAGCCGAAGUGGAUGCCCAUAUUGAAGAAAUUAGUAUUAAAAAUUAUUUUCGCACUAUUGAAUUAGUAUCGACUACUCCUCCCCCAGGUGGCGGCAGCAGAACGCCCAAUAAUCCCCCACCUCUCCCAUCCUUUCCUGAUGUCGUGAAAAAAAAUCAAGAUCUGAUAGAUGAAGAAAAUAGUUUUUUUAAAUUACGCGACGAACUGAAAGAUAUAAUUAACAAAAAUAAAUCCGUGGUUCAAGAGGCUCAAACUCUCGGACUAACUUUGCCGUCAUUUUCGGACAAUGCUUUGGAUUUUUUUCAAACUGCCCCUUUCGUUCUCUUUGACGCAGGCCAACCGCUCAACAGUCCGUUUAAUCAACAAAUUAGCGACAAAAAUGACAAAAUUAGACAAAAAGCAUUAAAUCUUAAAAAUAAUAUUUAUCAAAUCUAUAACAACAAUGUUAAAAAAUUAAAUGAGAAGAAACAGGGAGAGCAAGGAGGCUCCCCACCACCCGAAAAUGAAUUAACCAAAUUGAAAAAGCAAGCAAUUAAUAAAAUAAGCAACAUUCUCACUGAUCCGGAUAAUUUAAGAAAUAUCGAUUUAAAUACUCUGGCUGGUGUGAAUGAUUACUUAAAUGCUUUUUCAACCGCUUUAAAAGAAAAAGGAGUCGAGGAAAAAGAGAUAAAGGAGCAAGAAAAAAAUGAUAAUUCCUCCGAUCAUGACUCUCAGAAAAAUGAUAAUGUUAUUGAUGAUAAAACCAAAAAUUUCAUUAAAAUUUUGCCCUUGCCCUCGGCCAAAAAUGUGGCUAAAAAUAAAAUCCUGGAAUUAUUCAGAAAACACCGACCUGAUUUGGAAAAGUUAAAAGAAAACUGA